GCCGCCUGCAGCAGGAGACUGAGGGGAAUAACACAGUCCUCAUCCCCUGUUUCCACACUCUUCUCUAGACUUACAUACCAAAGGGGAUACAGUAUUUUUCUUUUUCAGUUAAUUUUCUUUAGUCUGGUUUUUGACGGAUAAGGACAUAUUGGACACAUCAGGCCAGUUUACAUGAUAUAGGAAAGAAAGAGGAAGGGAGCCAGAGAUGGACCAAAAUCUGUUCGGAGGGGCUCCUCGGUUCCUGACCCGGCCCAAAGCGUUCUCCCUCAGUGUAGGUCGAGAUGCUACUCUCAGCUGCACUGUUGUAGGGAACCCUGUCCCUGCUGUCACUUGGGAAAAGGGCAAGCUACAUAUAUCCACUGGAGGACGCUUCAAAACUAUAGAAGAUGGGGAUGUGUAUCGACUCACCAUCUAUGAUCUCACAUUGGAUGACAGCGGGCAGUACAUGUGCCGUGCCAAGAAUAAUGUUGGGGAGGCUUAUGCAGCUGUCACUCUGAAGGUGGGCCUUCCAGCAGCAGUAGUGGAUCGUGCCCCUGCAUUCACUGUGAAGCCCACUUCCUCUCGUGUGGGUUUAGGGGGUGAUGUUACCUUCUUUUGUCGUGUAGCAUCCCACCCUGAUCCCAGCUUUGAAUGGGAGAAGGAUGGACGUUAUUUGGGUGAGACCAAUCGCAUAAAGAUCACUUCAGACAGUGAGUCCAGCUGUCUGCGUAUUCAGAGCGUGAGGAACAUAGACGGUGGCACCUACACCUGCAGGGCACAAAACUCAAUUGGUCGUGCUCAGGCUGCUGCUGUCCUGGUGGUGGACAUGCAGGACACACAACUACUCAAUGUUGACAAGAGUACCUCCCUCCUCUCACACAUGCAGAAACGCAAAGAGGAAAUGUGCAAGGACAUCUCCCUCUUCCGCAUGUCCGAGAGCUCCUCCUCAGCCUCAUCAAAGAUUGUGGACGAUAUCAGCAGCUUGCGGAUUGCCAUUGAUCAGGGACAGCAAGUCUCAGCUUUAGCUAAAAAGUUACCCAAAGGUGUUUUCACCCGAACCUGCAUGGUGACAGAGGGCAAACAUGCUAAGCUCAGCUGCUUUGUCACAGGCCACCCCAAACCCCAGAUCAUCUGGAGGAAGGAUGGAGUGAACAUCACCGAAGGUCGUAGACAUGUCAUGUAUGAGGACCAAGCAGAGAACUUCAUUCUCAAAGUCCUUUACUGCAAGCAGAGUGACAACGGCCUAUACACCUGCAAUGCCUCCAACAUGGCCGGGCAGACUUACAGUGCCGUGCUUGUGAUUGUUAAAGAGCCAAAAUUGCCAUUCAAGAGAAAGCUGCAGGAUGUGGAGGUGAAGGAGAAAGAGUCUGCCAUGUUGCAGUGUGAGGUGCCUGUGUCGACAACACAGGCCAGUUGGUUCAUGGAGGAGACUCGCCUGGAACAGAAUGCAAAGUACCGCAUGGACGAGGAGGGCACGCUCCGUCGCCUCACCAUUCACAAUGUCACAACCAAUGAUGAUGCUGUCUACAUCUGUGAAAUGAAGGAGGGAAGCCGCACUGUGGCUGAGCUCACUGUUCUGGGCAACAUCACCAAGAAGCUGCCUAGACGGACAGUUGUGCCCGUGAGUGAUACAGUCAUCUUCUGUGUGGAGCUUGAGCAUCCUGUGGAUGAUGCUUUCUGGACCAGGAAUGAAGAGAUGCUGAAAGAGGAUUCCAGAGUCACCAUUGCCCGCACACUCAAGCAAUACACUCUCACUAUCCGUGACUGCACUGCAGAGGACUCAGGCGAGGUGGCCUUUAUUGCCCGAGACUGCAAGACCUCCACUCGAUUCUCUGUUACUGCACCAAGGAAAUAUCCCCCUGAUCCUCCAGUCAACCCAGUCGUGUGCAGCAAGACUGAUGUCUCUAUUAGUUUGAGUUGGUCGCGACCUGACAGUGAGCGGCCAGUGCCCAUCAAUGGCUAUGUUGUGGAGAAGAGGAAAGUCGGGGCUCAGACUUGGGUUAAAGUCACAGGCAUGGAAAUUUUGUGUAGCAGUAAAUGUACUAUCAGCAAUAUCGCUGAGGAAGGCAGCUACCAGUUCCGUAUUUCAGCUGUCAAUGAUUAUGGUCAAAGUGCCUUUCUAGAAGUUCCUGGAACAUUCUACCUAGAGCCCACAGCAUCAGUAAAGAGUGGCCUGCAAAACUGUAGCGUUUCCUCUGGUGAGGAGGCCAGCUUUACUGUGGAGCUCUCUGCAGUGUGCUCUGGUCUUUGGACCCUGAAUGGCCAAGUAAUACGCAGUGGAGUUGACUACCUUAUCACUCGCACAAAGACCAAUCACACACUAGUAAUACGGGAGGUCAGAACAGCGCUGGAUGGAGCCCAGGUCAAAUUUGUGGGUGGAGGAUCAGAGAGCAUGUGCACUCUUAGUGUAAAAUCUGCUCCUGCUCGUUUCACUAAGAAAUAUUCUGAUGCAGAGGUGUUCACAUUCAGCGCCCAUUCCUCUGCCCUGCUGCACACAGACGUGUCAGAUGCCAGCAUUCAGGUCACAUGGAUGAGAAAUGGCAAGGAACUAAGAAUGGGUAAGAAGUAUGAGGCUUUGAGUGUGGAUUGUAGACGCACCCUGACCAUUCAUAAUGUGACCGAUGAUGACGCAGGCAUUUAUGAGUGUGUGUGUGAUGGUGAUAGGAUGUCCAUCCACCUCGCUGUAAAAGAGGAGCCAGCUAAGUUUAUUACCAAGCCCAGGACUGAACCCCUGGAGGCUUCUCCUCUGAUGGGUGAUGUGGUGCUCAGCUGUGAGGUGCCAUCUCCUAGAACUACUGUUGUGUGGAAGAAAGAGCAAAAAGAAAUUGUGGAGGACCAGAGAACAACCUUUGUGUCCCAAGGGAUGCAGAGAAAGCUGGUUAUCAAAGGAGCUAAACAGAGCGAUGAAGGACGCUAUUCAUGUGAGACGGCAGAGGACAAGAUCACAUUCCAGGUCAAAAUAAAAGAAACGCAAGCCACCUUUAUCAACAAGGACUCCUAUCAGAGAGAGGUGAAAGUCUCUACCUCCCAGAAAGCUACACUGAGCUGUGAAGUGUCUGACUCCAAAACCGAGGUGAAAUGGUAUAAAGACGGCAAACAUCUGAGCUCCAGUAAGACUGUUAGUAUGGAGGCAAAAGGUAAAAUUCGUCAGUUGGUGUUAUGCAAUGUGGAAAAGACAGAUGCUGGAGAGUACACCUGUGAAGUUGGAAAUGAAAAGCUGUUCUUUAAAAUUCAAGUUGCAGACACUCAAGCUGCAUUCAUCAGCAAGGACUCCUAUCAGAGAGAAGUAAAUGUGUCUGCCUCUCAGAAAACUACACUAAGCUGUGAAGUGUCUGACAUGAGAACUGAGGUGAAAUGGUACAAAGAUGGCAAGCCCUUGAGCUCCAGCAGGACCGUCCACUUGGAGGCAAAGGGCAAGAGCCGUCAGCUAGUUUUGGACAGUAUUGAGAAGAUAGAUGCAGGAGAGUACAUCUGUGAAGCCGGGAAUGAGAAGCUAGUAUUUAGUGUUAAAGUAUCAGACACUCAAGCUACUUUCAUCAACAAAGACUCCUAUCAGAGGGAGGUGAAAGUUUCUGCCUCUCAGAAAUGUACAUUGUGCUGUGAAGUGUCUGAUGUGAAUACUGAGGUGAAAUGGUAUAAAGAUGACAAACAGCUGAGCUCCACCAGGACUGUUCACAUGGAGGCAAAAGGCAAGAGCCGUCAGCUAGUAUUGGACAGUGUGCAGAAGAAAGAUGCUGGAGAGUACAUCUGUGAGGUUGGGAAUGAGAGGCUGGUAUUCAAGAUUCAAGUAUCAGAAACUCAGGCUGCAUUUAUCAACAAGGACUCAUAUCAGAGAGAAGUUAAAGUCUCUGCCUCUCAGAAAGCUACACUAUGCUGUGAAGUGUCAGACAUGAAAACUGAGGUGAAAUGGUCCAAAGAUGGCAAGCCCUUGAGCUCCAGCAGGAUUGUCCAUAUGGAGGCAAAGGGCAAGAGCCGUCAGCUGGUGUUGGACCAUGUGGAGAAGAAAGAUGCUGGAGAGUAUAUCUGUGAGGCUGGAAAUGAAAAGCUGGUGUUUAAGAUUCAGGUGGCAGACACCCAGGCUGCUUUCAUCAACAAGGACUCCUAUCAGAGAGAGGUGAAAGUCUCUGCUUCUCAGAAAGCUACUCUAAACUGUGAAGUAUCAGACAUGAAAACCGAGGUAAAAUGGUAUAAAGAUGGAAAACAGCUGCGUUCCAGCAGAACUGUCCAUCUGGAGGCAAAGGGCAAGAGCCGUCAGCUGGUGUUAGACAGUGUGGAGAAGAAAGAUGCUGGAGAGUACACCUGUGAGGCUGGAAAUGAGAAGUUGGCCUUUAGAAUAUUAGUUACAGAAAGUCAAGUAGCUUUCAUCAACAAAGACUCCUAUCAGAGGGAGGUGAAAGUUUCUGCCUCUCAGAAAGCUACACUUAGCUGUGAAGUAUCUGACAUAAAGACUGAGGUGAAAUGGUAUAAAGAUGGCAAGCAGCUGAGUCCCAGCAGAACUGUCCACACGGAGGCAAAGGGCAAGAGCCGUCAGCUGGUGUUAGACAGUGUGGAGAAGAAAGAUGCUGGAGAGUACACCUGUGAGGCUGGAAAUGAGAAGUUGGCCUUUAGAAUAUUAGUUACAGAAAGUCAAGUAGCUUUCAUCAACAAAGACUCCUAUCAGAGGGAGGUGAAAGUUUCUGCCUCUCAGAAAGCUACACUUAGCUGUGAAGUAUCUGACAUAAAGACUGAAGUGAAAUGGUAUAAAGAUGGCAAGCAGCUGAGUCCCAGCAGAACUGUCCACACGGAGGCAAAGGGCAAGAGCCAUCAGCUGGUGUUAGACAGUGUGGAGAAGAAAGAUGCUGGAGAGUACACCUGUGAGGCUGGAAAUGAGAAGUUGGCCUUUAUAAUAUUAGUUACAGAAAGUCAAGUAGCUUUCAUCAACAAAGACUCCUAUCAGAGGGAGGUGAAAGUUUCUGCCUCUCAGAAAGCUACACUUAGCUGUGAAGUAUCUGACAUAAAGACUGAGGUGAAAUGGUAUAAAGAUGGCAAGCAGCUGAGUCCCAGCAGAACUGUCCACACGGAGGCAAAGGGCAAGAGCCGUCAGCUGGUGUUAGACAGUGUGGAGAAGAAAGAUGCUGGAGAGUACACCUGUGAGGCUGGAAAUGAGAAGUUGGCCUUUAUAAUAUUAGUUGCAGAAAGUCAAGUAGCUUUCAUCAACAAAGACUCCUAUCAGAGGGAGGUGAAAGUUUCUGCCUCUCAGAAAGCUACACUUAGCUGUGAAGUAUCUGACAUAAAGACUGAGGUGAAAUGGUAUAAAGAUGGCAAGCAGCUGAGUCCCAGCAGAACUGUCCACACGGAGGCAAAGGGCAAGAGCCGUCAGCUGGUGUUAGACAGUGUGGAGAAGAAAGAUGCUGGAGAGUACACCUGUGAGGCUGGAAAUGAGAAGUUGGCCUUUAGAAUAUUAGUUACAGAAAGUCAAGUAGCUUUCAUCAACAAAGACUCCUAUCAGAGGGAAGUGAAAGUUUCUGCCUCUCAGAAAGCUACACUUAGCUGUGAAGUAUCUGACAUAAAGACUGAGGUGAAAUGGUAUAAAGAUGGCAAGCAGCUGAGUCCCAGCAGAACUGUCCACACGGAGGCAAAGGGCAAGAGCCGUCAGCUGGUGUUAGACAGUGUGGAGAAGAAAGAUGCUGGAGAGUACACCUGUGAGGCUGGAAAUGAGAAGUUGGCCUUUAUAAUAUUAGUUACAGAAAGUCAAGUAGCUUUCAUCAACAAAGACUCCUAUCAGAGGGAGGUGAAAGUUUCUGCCUCUCAGAAAGCUACACUUAGCUGUGAAGUAUCUGACAUAAAGACUGAGGUGAAAUGGUAUAAAGAUGGCAAGCAGCUGAGUUCCAGCAGAACUGUCCACACGGAGACAAAGGGCAAGAGCCGUCAGCUGGUGUUAGACAGUGUGGAGAAGAAAGAUACUGGAGAGUACAUCUGUGAGGCUGGAAAUGAAAAGCUGGUGUUUAAGAUUCAGGUGGCAGAUGUUUCUGCUAAAUUCCAGAAGAAAUCUGUUACUAAAGAAGCUAUAGUGGUGCAAGAAACAGAGAACAUUUUACUGACCAGUGAGGUGACAUCGGAAAAUGCAAAUGUUAGUUGGUUCAGGGAUGGCGUACAGUUGAAAGAUGGCAAUAGGUAUGAAAUGAAGAAAGAUGGUCUCUCUUGUGUUCUCAUUGUUAAAUCUUCUGAAGCAAAGGAUAGUGGCACUUACAUAUGUCAAGUGGAUAAUGACAACAUGGAAUUCAAAGUUAAUGUAAAAGAGGCUCCUCUAAAGUUUGUGAUUAGGUUGGAGCCAGUAUCUGUAGUUCUGGAGGGCACCAUGACCUUGUCCUGCCAACUGAACAAAGCUGUAGGUGACGUCCUCUGGAGACACAACGGCAAGGAAGUCAAGCCUGGUGGAAGAUUUACCAUUCGUGUUGAUGGAGCACACCGCAUAAUGACAGUGUCUUCUAUAGUCCAGGAGGACGAAGGAGAAUACAGUUGUGAAUGCAAAGAUGACAAGACCACUGCCAUCAUCACCACCAAAGCACCACGCUUGGUGAAGUUCAUCUCCAAGUUGAACAACGUUGUUGCAAAUGAAGGCAAGGAUGCCAUUUUUAAAUGUUCCAUCACCCCUGUGGAUGUAAGCGUGAGGUGGCUUUACAAAGGUGUGCCUGUAACUGCUGGGCCCAAGUUCAAGAUUGCUCAUGGAGGCACCAGCCAUUCUCUCACAAUAAUUGCUGUCACACCUGAGGAUACAGGAGAUAUCAGUGUAGAUGCUGAGAGCAAAGUAUCUACAGCAACUCUACAAGUGCAACAGCUCCCAGUUACCUUCAAGAAGAAGCUUGAGAAUGUAACAGUUCAGGAACAAGACACAGUGCAGCUGGAAGUAGAAUUGAGCAGGCCAUCCAGUGAAGUGAGGUGGAUGAGGAACGGUGUGGUGCUGCAGCCUGGAGGCAAUCUGAAGAUACAGACUGAUGGUGCCAAACAAAUGCUGAUCUUCAAAAAUGUGACUUAUGCUGACCGAGGCCUCUACUCCUGCGAGACCUUAGAAGACAAGACUCAGGCCAAACUCACAGUAGAAAUGAAGAAGAUUCACAUGGUAAAAGGCUUGAAGGAGGUAAAAGCUGAAGAACAAGAGACAGUAACACUGGAGGUAGAACUUACCCAACCUGAUGUGGAGGGUUCCUGGAGCAAGGAUGGCCAAAAACUGAGGACAAGUCCCAAAGUCCUCAUUACCACUCUGGGACAUAAGCAUUCAUUAACCAUGUCACAGUUAAAGACGGAGGAUGGUGGCAUCAUCACUUUCCAGGCAGAAGGUGUCCAUACUUCUGGAAAACUCAUUGUGACUGAACCUGCUGCAAAGAUCCUCAAACCUCUAGGAGAUGUUAAAAUCCCAGAAAAAGAAAAAGUCAUAUUUGAGUGUGAAGUGUCCAGACCAAAUGCUGAUGUUAAGUGGUUUAAGGAUGAUGAGGAGCUAAAACCAGGGAAGAAAUAUGGAAUGCAUUCCCAGGGUCGCAAACGUAGCCUUAUCAUCCAGAAGUGUUCUUAUGAAGACCAAGGCUUGUACAUAUUGAAAACAACUGAUGACAACACAUCAGCAAAACUGACUGUCCAUGCCAGAGAUAUUAAGAUCAUAAAGAAGUUGCAGGACUUAGAGGUAACAGAAAAAGAAAGUGCAGUGUUUGUCUGCGAGUUGUCUCAUGAUGAAGUUGAGGGCCGGUGGUAUAAGGGUGAGGUCAAACUCAAACCUGGGGACAACAUCAAGAUGAGACAAGAAGGAAGGACGUUUAUUCUACUUUUCAAAUCUGUGAAGGCUGAAGAUGCAGCUGAAAUCAAGUUUGUGGCUGAGAAGGCCUCAUCAACUGCUAGGCUAAUGGUCAAAGAGCUUCCAGUGAGAUUUGUGAAGAAACUGAGAGAUAAAAUUGCCAUGUACAAGCAUCGUGGGCACUUAGAGUGUCAGGUGUCUCGGGCAAGUGCCAAGGUCAAAUGGUAUAAGGAGAAGACAGAGAUCAAACCCAGUAAGAAGCAUGAAAUCUCCAGUGAGGAUAUCUACCGCAAGCUCACCAUUAAUGAUGUGGAUUCCGGAGAUGAGGCCACAUAUACGUGUGAUGCUAUUGAUGACAAGACCACAUGUCAACUGCUGGUCGAGGAGCAGGCAAUCAGCAUUGUGAAGGAGCUUAGUGCAGUGGAGGUGACAGAACCAUUUGCAGCUCACUUUGAGGUCGAAAUUAGUGUGGAAACAGUCAAGCCAGUGAAGUGGACCCUUAAUGGAGAAUGUCUUAAGGAAAGCAGCGAUAUUGAGAUGGAGAAUGAAGGGACAAUGCAUCGCCUUACUUUUAAGAAGACCAAGGCAUCCAUGUCAGGUUCUGUGCAGUUCACUGCUGGAAAAAGCAAAUCAACAACUGAGCUCAUUGUCAAAGAGCGCCCCAUUGAAGUGGUGGAGCCUCUCAGAAAUUUAACUGGCAAGGAGAAGGCAUCAGCCAGGCUUACAUGUAAGCUAUCGGCUACUCCUAAAGAAGUACGUUGGUUUAAGGGUCAAACUGCUCUGGAGGCCUCUGACAAGUACAUCUUGAAUCAAAAUUAUGCUGAAGUGCAGCUGAUUAUCCAGGCGCUGACUACAAAUGAUGCUGGGGAAUAUCGCUGUCAGGCUGGGACCUGUGAGAGCAAGGCCACUCUCAGCAUUGAAGUACGUGAAGUUGAAAUCAGCAAACACUUGACAGACCUGGAAGUUGAUGAGGGUGCUGAUGCCAUGUUUGUCUGUGAGGUGAAUUAUGCUGAUGAAGACGCUCAGUGGUUCCUCAAUGACAAGCCACUUUUCAGUAAUGACCUUAACGUCAUCCAGCAUGUUGGUAAAACGCAUUCCGUUACCCUCAAGAACCUGGCACCUCAAGAUGGUGGGAAAAUCACCUUCAGCAUUAGAAAUAAGAAGGACACGGUCUGUCUGAAAGUGAAAGAAAAGAAAGCUAUUUUCCUUAAAUUGCUGGAUGAUUCAGUUGGAGAAGAAAAAGGCACAAUAACCCUGAAAUGUGAAGCCUCAAAAGCCACAGUGUCUCCUAUUUGGCGGAAAAAUGGAGCAGUCCUUUCUGCAGGCAACAAGUAUGAGCUCUUACAUGACAGCCGGAGCUUGGGUCUGACGAUCCGUGACAUCACGCAGGCAGAUGCUGGACAGUACAGCUGCGAUCUUGGCACGGAUCUUACAACGUGUACGGUUACAGUAAGAGACAUCAGCAUUGGCAUUACCAAGCGCUUGAAGUCAGUGGAGGCUAAGGCUGGCGAAAGCUGCAUGUUUGAAUGUAUUCUGUCCCGAGAAAGCUCAGAUGAGUGUUCCUGGAGCCUGAAAGGUCAACAAAUUUCUCCUGGAGGACGUUUCCAGAUUAGCAGCAAGGGGCGCAAGUAUACACUGACCAUCAAAGUUGUGACUGCAUCUGACUCGGGGGACGUAGUCUUUACACUUGGGGACUUGAACUCUAGGGCAACUUUAUUUGUUGAAGGUGAAGCCCCCAUCAUCUCCAAAGAGCUACAGGGGCUUAGAGCCACUCCAGGAGAAGAUGCUACAUUCUUAUGUGAACUAUCUCAACCUGGCUUGGAAGUCAGCUGGUUCAAGGAUGGCAAGUCCAUCCGGAAGAGCCAAAAGUGUGAGAUUAGUCAGGAGCAUAAAGUCGUGAAGCUGACUGUCCACAAUGUUACUGCUAAGGAUUCUGGUGAAUAUAGCUGUGAGAUCACUGGUGGGCUCAUCUCAAAGGCAAGGCUGGAGAUCAAAGAGUCAGUGAACAAAAUCACUCGUGAGCUGAAGGAAACCAAUGGAGAAGAAAAAGGUACUGUCAGUUUUGAAUGUGAAACAGCCCAACCAGCUGCUAAAUUCACUUGGCUGAGAGGUGCAAAGGAGAUCAAAGCAGGAGAAAAGUAUCAGAUGGUACAGAAGGGAACAAUCCUCAUUCUCACAGUGAAAGACUUGGAGAAGGCUGAUAGUGAUACAUACACAUGUGAUGUAGGAACUGCCAAGAGUGCUGCAAAGCUGUCAGUUCAAGAGCUGCCUGUCAGGUUCAAACUACAGCUGAAGAACCAAGAGGUCAUGGAGGGCGAAAAGCUUUUACUUCAUUGUGAGCUCUCAAAACCUGGCCAUGAAGUGCAGUGGAAGAAAGGAACAGAAAGUGUCAGAUCAGGAGGAAAAUAUGAAAUGAUACAAAGGGGCACCACAUUUCAACUUUAUAUCAAAGACUUGAAGCCUGAAGACAGCGCACAGUACUCUUGCGAGUGUGGGGAUCAAAGAACCACAGCAGCAAUAGUUGUGAAGGCUUUGCCAGUAAUAUUUAGGCGUGAGCUGCAGAACCAGGAAUGUGAAGAGGGCAGCAGUGUUACUCUGCAGUGCGAACUGUCAAAACCUGGAGUGUAUGUGAAAUGGAGGAAAGGAACACAAGUGCUGCAGUCUGGAGGAAAAUAUGUCAUCAGACAGACUGGCUGUUCUGUGGAGCUGAAAAUCACUGAUCUCAAACCUGAAGAUGCAGGGGAGUAUACAUGCUUGUGUGGAGACCAGAAGACCACAGCAAACAUGAAGAUCAAGGCUUUGCCAGUAAUAUUUAGAUGUGAGCUGCAGAACCAGGAAUGUGAUGAGGGCAGCAGUGUUACUCUGCAGUGUGAACUGUCAAAACCUGGAGUGCCUGUGAAAUGGAGGAAAGGAACACAAGUGCUGCAGUCUGGAGGAAAAUAUGUCAUCAGACAGACUGGCUCUUCUGUGGAGCUAAGAAUCACUGAUCUCAAACCUGAUGAUGCUGGGGAGUAUACAUGCCUGUGUGGAGACCAAAAGACCACAGCAAACAUGAAGAUCAAGGCUUUGCCAGUGGUGUUCAAGCAUGAGCUGCAGAACCAGGAGUGUAUUGAGGGAGGCAGUCUUACUCUGCAAUGUGAGCUCUCAAAACCUGGAGUCCCUGUAGAAUGGAGGAAGGGAACACAGUUACUCCAGUCUGAUGAAAAAUACCUCAUUAAGCAGACUGAUUCUAUUGUGGAGCUGAAGAUCACUGAUCUUCAGUCUGCAGAUGCUGGAGUCUAUGUCUGUGAUUGUGGGGACAAUAAGACCAUGGCCAGCAUCAAAAUCAAUGCUCUCCCAGCAGUGUUCAUUCAAGAACUAAAGAACCAGAAAGUUGUGGAGGGGAAAAGUGUCACCUGGUGCUGUGAGCUUUCUAAGCCAAAUAUACCCAUUCAGUGGCGCAAAGGUGAAGUAGAACUUUGCCCUUGUGACAAAUAUGAAUUCAAGCAAGAUGGCCACCACAUCCAGUUGGUCAUCCACAACCUUGAGCCUGAGGACUCUGGAGAAUACACUUGUGACAGCGGAGAUCAGCAAAGUACUGCAAGCCUGGAAGUUCAGGCAUUACCUGUUCUAUUUAAGACCCCUCUGAACAAACUGGAGGCUAAAGUUGGUGAAAAUACCACCUUCCGAUGUGAGCUCACUAAACCAGGUGCUACUGUUGUAUGGAGAAAAGGGAAGAAGAUUUUACAAUCCAGCGAUAAAUACCAGUUAAAACAAGAUGGAGCAGUGGUUGAACUCAUAAUCCAUGGGCUACAGGGAGGAGACUCAGGAGAGUAUUCCUGUCAUUCUGGGCAUGAAGUGACUUCUGCCCCACUCACUGUAAAGGAACCUGAUAUAACCAUUCAAACUGGAUUGAAGAGCCAUAUUGUUAAUGAAGGCGAUGAUGUGUCCUUUGAGUGCUUUGUGUCUCAAGAAAAUGCAGAGGAUGUUAAGUGGGCACUUCAGGAUGUUCCCCUCCAGAACAAUGAGAUGAAUGAAAUCCGAAUGGAGGGCAAGAAGCAUAUGCUUACCCUAAGGAAUGUAACUCAGAAAGACUCUGGCACCGUGGCGUUCCAUGUGGGUGCCCAUACCUCUUUCGCUUGUCUCACAGUGAAAGCAGUCCCUGUGGUGUCAUUUGCCAAAGAAUUGAAGAGUCAGGAGACCACAGAAGGAAACAGUGCCACACUAUGCUGUGAAACUUCAGUCUCUGAUGUGCUUGUGACCUGGAAGAAGGGCAGAAAAGUUUUGUCUGAGGGAGAAAAGUAUUCCAUUCAGAAGAGUGGUACAAUCCAAACUCUAGUGAUCCAUAAAUUAUCAGUGGAUGAUGCUGGUGAAUAUAUAUGUGAACUGCGAGACAAACAAAGCAAAGCCACCUUGACUGUCAAAGAAUGUGUACGAAUUACAAGAGAACUUAAGGAUGUAACAGUGAUGUCUGGCGAGGAUGCUGUCUUCCAUUGUGAGGUGUCCCAGACAGAAGUAACUUAUGCUGAGUGGUGGCUAGGCUCCAAUCUCCUGCAAAACAAUGACUUGAAUCAAAUCAGCUGCCAAGGGAGGGAACACAGCCUAGUUCUGAAAAUGGUCACACCUGACGAUUCAGGUGAUGUAGCCUUUGUGGUUGGCUGCGAGAAGAGUGUUGCCUGCUUGGUGGUGCAGGAGAAACCCAAAGUCCUAUUCUUAGAGAAACCUCUGGACAUAACGGCUAAAGAGGGAGAGGCAGUCACAUUGUCCUGCAUGACCUCCAACCCUGAGGCAUCUGUUACCUGGUACAGAAAUGAGGUGAUGAUUAAAGCAGGAGACAGACACCUACUCUACAAGGAUAGAGCCAUCCACCAGCUACGUAUCCUUAGGGUGACAGAAAUGGAUGCAGGGGUGUACACAUGCAAAGCUGGAGAUGCACAGAGCAGUGCCAGUCUUACUGUAAGAGGAGUACCAGCACACUUCCGCAAAGAGUUACAAAACCAGGAUGCUGUUGAAGGUGACACGAUUACCUUGCGGUGUGAGCUUUCAAAAGCAAACAUCAAUGUAGAAUGGCGUAAAGGAGGAUUAGUGCUGCAACCUGGGAAAAAAUAUGAGCUCAAACGGGAUGGCUGUAUGCAAGAGCUCCACAUCCAUGACUUGGAACCAGGAGACAGUGGCUAUUACACUUGUGAUGCUGGAGACCAGUUGACGACAGCUUCAAUUUCAGUGCAAGAGGCUGAGGUGCUCAUAGUGUCUGGUUUAAAGAACACUGAUAUCUUUGUGGGAGAGCAGGCAGUGUUCUCCUGUCAUCUGUCUCGCCGUGCUAAAGGGAGAGUCCAGUGGUGGCUGGAUGGCACCCGUUUGGAGAAUGGCCCCUUCAGUGUUAUUGGGGUGGGUGAAGACAAUAUCCAUACCCUCACCCUAAAGAACCUUGCACCAAAUGACUCUGGCAGCGUCCUGUUCAAAACGGGCAGCUUGACAUCCUCAGCAAGGCUUUUAGUGAAAGAUCCCACUGUGGAGGUGGUCAGUGCCAUGGAAGACAUCCAGGUAGCAGAGAACCAGCCAGCAGAGUUCAUCUGCCAGUACUCGCGGCCAGUCAGGGCCAUAUGGAAGCGAAAUGGGCAGCCUGUUCAACCCAAUGGCAACAGGGUAGUAGUGGAGCAGGACUGGAAUGUAGCACGGUUGUACAUUAGCCGUGUAACCCCACAGGACAUGGGUACAUACUCUUGUGAGGCUGAAGGGACCUGGGUUGAGGCACAUCUGAGGGUGCAAGCUAAACCCAUUGACAUUGUUCAAGGUCUGGAUAAUGUGGAGACUAUUGAAGGUGGAGAGGCACUUUUUGAGUGCUCCUUAUCCCACCCUGAGACCAAAGACUGCCGUUGGUUGAUUAAUGGAAAACCUGUGAAACAGUCUUCCAAAGUGGAAAUAGUUUCCUUUGAGAGUGGUCGUCGCCAUCUUUUACUGCUGAAGGACCUGCGGGCUGGUGAAAACUCUACAGUAACAUUUCAUGCCGGCACCGCUUCCACUUCUGCCCUUCUUUCAGUCAAAGGCUGGCAAUUGGAAGUGGUGAAACCCUUGGAGGAUAAGACAGCCAUUGUUGGUGAGCAGGUGGAGUUCACAUGUGUUUUGAAUGAGCCUGUGCCAGAGAAAGAUGUGAGCUGGUAUGCCAAUGGUUCUGAACUGCAGCCAGGUGACCUUUGGACCAUGAAAGUUAAGGGAUGUAAAUGCAGCCUGAUCUUAAAAAAAGCUCAAAUUCAACCACCACUGGAGAUCACCUUUGCUGCUCAGGAUGCCAUUUCAGUGGCCAAGCUAAUUACUGUGGCUGUACCUGAUCCCCCUGAAGAUCCAGAGUUGGUGAGUAAGGGACCAACAUCAGUCACAUUGUCCUGGUUCACACCUCUCAAUGAUGGGGGAAGCCCAGUCCUUGGCUACCGUGUAGAGAUGCGACAGGUGGACAGUGCACUCUGGCUGCCCUGCCAUGCAGACCCAGUGUGCAAUACUGAGUUUCUGGUGGAUAACCUUAUCCCUGGAUCAGGGUAUAGAUUCCGGGUGGCAGCUAUUAACCACACUGGCAUAGGUGAUCCCGUCCAACUUCCUCAAACUGUUAUGCUUGAUGCACCAGUGACUGUGACCAAAAAGUUAAGUAGCUCUGAGCUUCAAAAGGGUAAGAUGGCGCGUGUGGAAUGUGAGCUCUCUGCUGAGAGCAUGCCAGUCACUUGGCUAAAAGACAAUCAAGAGAUUGAGAUGGGAGUCAAGUACCAAGUGGUAACAGAGGGUAAAUCACAAGUAUUGCUCAUUAAGGAUUUCCAGCUGGCUGAUCAGGGUGUCUACACUUGUGUCGCUUCAGAGGAAGCUGAAACCUCCAUCAGUUUGAACCUUGAAGGAGAUGACACUUUGAUUUCUCAGCUCCAGCCAGAGGAAACUGGCCAGCCUAGCUUACCCCCAGAAUCUGCCUCAGAGGGUGAUCUGCAUGCUUUAUGGGAGGCUCUUGCUAAAAAGCGAAGGAUGAGCAGGGAACCCACAUUGGACUCCAUCUCUGAACUGCCAGAAGAAGAUGGUAAAGACAAGGCACAGGACCAGCAGGGUAAAGGACUGGAGAAAGAGCAGAUCAAAAGGAAGAAAAGCCCCACUGAGCUUACCUCUAAUAUCAAACCUGAACCAAAUCUGUAUACUAGCUCUGAAGAUGAGUCCAUCAGCAGGGCUCCAAGUCUAGUAUCCUACCUCAAGAAAAGCAGCAAAUCUGUCCUUACAGUGGAAAGUCAAAGUGAGGCCAUGACCUCCAAAAGGUUGCAUGAACAUUUCCAAAUGACCGAGCAAUCUGUGCAACAGACCACUGUGAACACCACAGAGAUCAGCAAGGAGGAGGAGCCAGACUUACAGGAGGCAGCUAUCAAAAUCCAGGCAGCCUUUAAAGGUUACAAAGCCAGAAAGGACAUGCGACCUGCUUUCAAAGAGGUUUUUAAGGACCAGACCAGAGAGCCUAAUGGGACAAUUCAUCUUGAAUGUGUUACAGAGGGAAAACCAGAAAAGGUUCGCUGGCUGAAGGACGGUGAGCCUCUGGCAGAUGGCAAGCAUUACCAUAUUGAUAUCUACAAUGAUGGCACUUGCUCUCUGAUUGUGACAGCUGCUACAACCAAAGACACUGGGGUAUAUACUUGCGAGGUCACAAACAAGUUUGGAGUUACCACCCACAGUGGAAAAGUGACUGUUGGAUCAUCACGAGAGUCAUCUGGUCAUCGGCCGCUUACUCUAGGCUAUAGUGCAGACAGUGAGCAUGAGAGCUCCUCUGGUAGCGAGAUGGAUGAGUCCUUACGACAGGCGAGCAAACGAUUGCGGAGACUCUUACGUACAUGCCUUCCACCAAAUGUAGAAGAGGAGCCUUUCAUCAGUGCUGAUGAGGGUAACUUACAGCCACCUGAUCCACACUCAUACCGUGAAGAUGAUCGCUAUAUCUAUAUUCGCUUUGACACCCGCAGUGAAGCUCAAGUCGCAUCCCAGCGUUUCCAGCAAAUGUUCACACAGCAAGGGGUGCCUGUAGAAACAACUAUUCUUGAAGCAGGACCUAAAGUAGAACUGUGCAUCAAAAAGAUGGGCUUCUCCCAAGAUGGUUCCCAAACCCCAACUCAAGAUAGACAACUACCUGCUUAUAUGACUGGAACCCCUGCAGCCCCAGUCUUCCUGACACAGCUCCAUAGCCAGGAGGUCCCUGAUGGGUACCCAGUGAGCUUUGACUGUGUGAUCAUCGGAAAACCCCCUCCCAGCAUACGGUGGUUCAAAGAUGGGAAAAUGCUAGAAGAAGAUGACCAUUAUAUGAUCAAUGAAGACCAGGAGGGCUGCCAUCAGUUGAUCAUUACAACUGUACAACCAUCUGACAUGGGCGUGUACCGCUGUAUGGCUGAGAAUGACAGUGGCAUCGCUUCCAGCAAGGCGGAGCUUAGGGUGGAAAUGUCUUGUAGCUCAGACUAUGACACUGCAGCUGAUGCAACAGAGACAUCCUCCUAUGUUAGUGCUAAAGGCUAUGUAUCCAGUUCUGAGCAUAGGGACACAGAGGCCUUUGAAUCUGUGGUGGAGGAUGAACAGCUUCCUCAAGUGGUGGAAGAGCUGCGUGACCUUUACCUCAGUCCAGGAGUGCCCAAUGCCAGGAUGAGUGUCAGGGUCAAAGGGUUCCCUUCACCAAGAGUUUACUGGUUCAAGGAUGGCACGCCACUGCGGCCCUCAAACAGGAUUUUGCUGUCUUCAGAGAGAGACAUGUACAAUUUAGAAAUUGUGGACGUGAAAUGUGAAGACAGUGGGGAGUAUUCUGCCUACAUCAGCAAUGCAGCUGGAUCUGCCUAUUCCUCUGCACGUAUGGUCAUACUUGGUCCAGGGGAACUAAUUCCUAAGCAUUUAAAACUCAAAGACUCAAAAGAGCCUCUGGUGCCUCCACGAUUUCUGGAGAGGUUCUGCAACAGGACGGUGAAACAGGGAUCGAGUAUUACACUAUCAGUCAAAGUGGAAGGCUCUCCAACUCCCUCCAUAAACUGGCUGAAAGAGGAACCAAUGAAGGAUGUUUUGUGGAUAAAAGCAGACACACCUGGAUACAAGGUUGCCAGCUCAGGCUGCAAGCACAGUUUGAUCUUGAUGGAUAUAAGGAAGGAACACAGUGGCACUUAUACCUGCAUUGCUACCAACUGUGCUGGCCAAACUCUUAACACUGCUUGUCUGGAUGUGGAACAUGCUGUGUCAGAGAGCAGAGUUACACCAGAAUUUUUAGGAAUUACAAUUAGCCCACCAGAAGAAGAAAGCAGAGAAGAGGCCAAGCUGGCUUACCUUGGUGGAGUAGAUACAGCAGAAUUCUUACAGAAGCUUACCUCACAAAUCACUGAGAUGGUGUCUGCCAAGAUCACUCAAGACAACUUACAGAACCAUCAAGUGCUCCAGUGGAUGAAAUCAUGGCCCAAAGUAACCACGUCCUUACGUGUGCCAGGAGCUGAUAGUGAUGAUGAGACCAAAACUCCAUCACCAUCCCCACAUCAUGGCCGCUCACGCCCUCCUUCACUAAUUGUAGACUCCUCCUCAGAGUCAGAUGAGAGUGAUGUCAGAGGAGAGAUGUUUGAUAUCUAUGUAGCAACAGCAGACUACAACCCCAUGGGACUGAGUAAUGACAGCAUUGCUCUGAAGGAGGGACAGUAUGUGGAGGUUCUGGACUCAGCUCAUCCACUUAAAUGGCUUGUACGAACUAAGCCAACCAAAAAUACACCAUCGCGCCAGGGGUGGGUUUCCCCAGCAUAUCUUGAUAAAAAACUGAAGCCUUCAGUAGAUACUGGGGAUGUUCCAGAGACCACAGGUGAAGAGGUGACUGAGGGAGAGUACAAAAAGAGGCUCUGCCAACUUAUCCAGGAACUCAUUAGCAGUGAGAAUGAGUUUGUAAGAGAGAUGGAAUUCCUUACUUCACAUCAUCUGGAGCAUAUAAUCGAUGAGCAUACCCUGCCUGAAAUUCGCAUUCACAAAGAUGUCAUCUUCCGGAACAUCAGUGAUAUCAAGACUUUCCACAGCAGCAUUCUUCUCCCUGGGCUGAAAGACUGUGACACAGAUGAUGAUGUAGCAAUGCGUUUUCUGAAAAAUACAGAAGGAUUUGAGAAUUAUCUGCAAUACUUAGUUGGCCAGACUCAAGCACAGGCCACCAUUAGUGAGAAGCCUGUCCACCAGUACUUUAAGGAAUACACAGAUUCUGACUUGGCAAAUGUGGACUCUUCGGAAGGUCCAGUACUGAGUAUCAAUAGUUAUCUCCAUAGACCACUGGAGAGGAUCCAGAAAUAUAAGGACUUCAUAAAGGAACUAAUCAGAAAUAAGGCAAGGAAUGGACAGAACUGCUGUCUUCUAGAAGAGGCCUACACACUGAUUUCUUCACUUCCUACACGCUCUGAAAACAUACACUAUGUCUCCCUCAUUGAGAACUACCCUGCCAACCUGGAAGCUUUAGGAGAGCCCAUCAGACAGGGUCCCUUCAUAGUUUGGGAAGGAGCUCCAGGAAUCAGAACAUCUUCAAGAGGUCAUCACCGUCAUGUCUUCCUCUUCAAAAACUAUGUCAUCAUCUGCAAGCAGAAACGAGACACAAACACAGACUUCCAAGCAUACACGUUCAAAAACAUGAUGAAGCUCACCAACAUUGAUGUAAAUGAGACUGUGGAAGGUGAUGAAAGAGCAUUUGAGAUAUGGCAUGAGCGUGAAGAUUCUGUCAGGAAGUACACAAUGCAGGCACGCACAGUCAUGAUCAAGAACUCCUGGCUGCGUGACCUUCGCAACCUCCAACAACGCUACAGCAUGCCAACAUGGAGUCCACCAGAUUUUGAUGCAGUGUUGACUGAUUGCACAGCAGAGCUGGGACAGACAGUUAAACUGGCCUGCAAAGUCACAGGAUCACCCAAACCUGUUGUGACAUGGUUCAAAGAUGGUCGGGCUGUGGAGGUAGACCCUCACCACAUCAUCAUUGAGGACCCGGAUGGCUCCUGCACACUCAUUUUGGAUAACAUGACUGCGGAAGACUCAGGCCAGUACAUGUGCUUUGCCUCCAGCUCUGCAGGAAAUGCCAGCACUCUGGGAAAGAUAACUGUGCAAGUGCCACCACGCUUUGUGAAUAAGUUGAGGAAUGCUGCAUUCAUUGUAGGAGAGGAUGCUCAGUUUACUUGCACAAUACAAAGUGCUCCCAGCCCAAAAAUAAGGUGGUUUAAGGAUGGCAAAUUGCUUACAGAUCAGGAAAAGUAUCAAACAUACAGUGAACCUCUCAGUGGAGUACUGGUUUUGGUUAUUAAGAACCCUGGAGAGAGAGACUUGGGACAUUAUGAAUGUGAGCUGUCUAACCGCCUUGGCAGCAGUAAGUGUGCAGCAGAUCUUGUCUUUCCUACACUGGCAAUGGCAGGAGACCAAGCCAUCACUAUUGAAGUAACAGAGCAGGAGACCAAAAUACCGAAGAAAACCAUAAUCAUAGAGGAGACCGUCACCACCGUUGUGAAGAACACUCGAAUGAAACGUCACCUGUCUCCUCGACCAUCCUCCAUGGGAGUGUACCGCUCAGAGGCUUCCACUCCUGAGCUCCCUAGACAGAGACGUACAGCAUCUAGAAAGCCUGUACCCACCCUUUAUGUUACAGAGCCUGAGGGGGCAUCAUCCAAGAACCCCAAAUGGGUGGAAGUGGAAGAGAUUAUUGAGUAUAAAGUCAAUAGGUCUCCAAAGUUACCCAGGAGAAGAGGUGCUUCACCCAGCAAGAGACAGCCACCAGAUAACCCUAAUGCUAACAACUCUAACAACAAAUUAGUGGAAGCGCUGCAAAUGUCAGUAGCCAAUGUGGACUCACUAAGUUUGUCUUUUAACAGUGGAGGGAAUGUAACACUGAAUGAGUCCAACAGCAUGUUAGGAUUGGAUUCUACUGAUGGUAUAUAUUUUGAACAGUCAUGUGCCUUGGUGGAAACAGACAGAGAAAGUGGUACUGAUACAGCUAUAAGUGAAGGAAGUCAGGUAUUCACCCUGGAAGAGCUGGAGGAUUAUGUCCCUAAAGAGGGUGAGACAUUUUGUUGCUCCUCAGACUCACAGAUGCAUUUCGAAAAACCAUGUGAAAUUGUUGUUCUACAGAGAGAGAUUAAUGAAGUUGGACAACCUAUCCUGCUAAAUGUGGGACGUCCUGUGGCAACGCCAAAAUCCUUUACAGGAUUACUCAGUCGCUUUAAGGAGCAUUUCUGUAAUGUAUUCGGCACCAAUGUUGAGUCAACAGGAGAAAAGAUUAUACCCACCCAUUUUAGUAAGGUGUCUUACAGUCAGUCUACAUUCAGUGCAGAAUCAUCCAGAAAUAAUGGAAAGCUUGAAAUAAAUCCGAGGUACUGCUUGGAGGUACAGAGAGAGGGGGGUGGGGAUCAGCAGACCUUUAGAACCAAAAAAAUCUCUGCGAAAACAUAUGGCUAUACAGCAAUUGGACAAUCACUUACUCUUAAAGUCACGAAGAAUAACCAGUAAAAAUAACCAGUAAAAAUAAUAGAAUUGCUAAAAUCACAAAUUACUGAUUAGAAAUCACAAACCUAGACGUAGAGAAUUUGUCUUAAUGGGGAACAUUUCUGUAUAGUGUCCUUGCAUGAAUGUAAAGAAUCAUUUUAAUUUUGAAAAAAGGUUUAUGCAAAUGGCUGAUCAUUCCAACAUUUUCUAAAUAUUCUGAAAGCCAGUAUAUGGGCAAAAAUUGGGCAAGAUAAUUGUGCAGUGGCUUCCACACAAUGUGUCAGCACAUUUAAAUGGUCACGUAACAGUCUCUUUGCAAAAAAGCACCUAUUAAAAAAACUGCUGUGCCAACAUUUGCCUUCAUUUAUCAAAACUACAUAGUAAGACUUAUGAAUGAAGUUUAUAAAAGGAUUGCAUAUUACUACAAUCUUUUAUCCAAAACACUGAAUAUUUGUCAAUUGUGUGCAAGCACGUUGUACAUAUUGCUAAAUAGUGGGGGCUGAUAAACACAAGUUUGUCCAUGGCAGUCAAAUAAAGAAGCACCCUCAAAAGGGGUAUUUUUGACUUUUUUCCAUUUAUCAUGAAAUUAUGGACCCACCUGUAUUUGUAAAGAGCACAGGUCUAUGGAGAAUGAAUAUGUAUUAUUUAGAAAUUAUUUACAAACCAUACAUUGUGGAAAAAAUAAAUAAUUUGAAUGAUAUGAAAAUGGUCAGAAAAUAAAACAUGCCACGUUCUUUGAGUGAUACCAUAGAAGAACCACCUUCCCCCAUUUUAAGAAAGAGAUUAGGGAGUGUGAAGAACCUUUUAAAGGUUUAAAGUACUCUUCUAAUUUUGAUUAUAUACUCCUUUACUAAUAAUUUACCUUUUGUGGAGGGUCUUUACACUUUAAAUGUCCAAAAGGUUCUUCACUCACAAAUCUCACACAAUUGGUUCUCUGAAGAGCCAUCUAUCAAAAGAUUUUUAGGGAACAAAAUGUGGUUCUUCUAUGUCAUCAGACAAAGAACCAUGUUUGGCACCUUUAUGGCUUCAACUAUUAUUAUAACAGUUACAACUUUUUUUUAAACUUUUCAGACUAAAAAUAGUAGUUGGAAUGAUUCAUGCUUAUAUUUUCCUUUUGCUUAGGUGCAUUUACUCUUGUUGCAUUUCACUUAUUCUGUUCCCCUUGUUGUGCAUAUGCAUGGUCAGAACUUUGUGUGCAAAUUCCAGUUGUAUGACUGUAACAUAUUUGUAAUCUAUAUGCAAGGCCAUGGUUGGUGAAACUGAACAAAAUCUUCAUAAAAUAACUACACUUAAAUUCUAAGUUUUGUAGUGUAUGAGAAUAAAUGAGUUUGAAACUGCUUUUCUAUGCCAUACUUGUGUAACUUUAACGUUAAUGUGCUGCACAGUUGUCAUUUUGUUUACUCUUGGCACUAAAUACCUUAAACAUCUUGAUAAAGUUACAGAAGACAAAAAAAACCCAACUGCACCUAACUGGAAUAAAUUAUUUCAGUAUGUGAUAUCAAUGAAUAGUACAUUCAAUUAUAAAAGUCACUGCAUCUGACCUAGAUUUAUUUAACUUUGUUUCUUAGGUAACAUGUAUUACCUAACUACAGCUGCAUCUUGCAUGUAACUAAAGAUGGAUGUCAAUGAUGUAUGUGUGAAAUAGACAGCAAGACACUUCUGUGUGAACAUUUGUUUGAAAGAAACAAGUUAACUGUUGAUGACAAGCACAGUCUGCUUUGGAGUGUCUAGUUGUAAAUGAGGUUUUCUGAAUCUGAAUAAAACAUGUAUCUUGCCAAAUUAGA